AUGACACUUUUAUUCGUUAUACUACUGCUAAAUAACGUUUUACUGUCGUAUUCGAUAAAGAAGAACUUGUUGAGUUACGAGCUCAGCCGUCGUCAAAGUGAGGAAUGUUUCGACUUAACGAUUGAAGAAAAAGUAAACAACGCGGAAUUCAUUUUUUCUGGCACUGUAAGAGAAGUUCGAUACAAUGUGGACAAGAAAGCUCAAAAAGCAUCGGUUGAAAUAAAGCGAAUAUUCAAGGGUCAGCACAAACUAACUCAAUUGUUUCUUUCCGAAAUCAAAGGAAGAUUUCUGCCGAUUGUUCACAAGGUUUGCACUGUCGAAGGACUCGGUCUCGAUGGUCUUUGUUCCAGUCACACGAGAGUUUUUGAUACCUGGCUCUUCUUCACUAAUCCCGUAGAUGACAAACUUCAGUUAAAUUCAUCGUUAGUUCGACUAUCCGUGAUGUCCAUUGCAAGUAUCGAGUCAGCCGUGGCAGACUCAGAUGAGUGCAGCGACGAUCAUUUCUGUCAGUAUAGUGAGAAGUGCGUGCGGAGUGCGGAGGGAAAAUUUGAAUGCAGGUGCCUGCAGGAGUGCAGUUUGGUUGGUGAGGCGGUGUGCGGCAGCGAUGGAGUGACCUACGUCAACGAAUGCUUCCUCAACAGGACCAUGUGCCACGCGAAGAAACAUAUUUACGUCCACAAUUUUGGACCUUGUGUUUGUAAUUUUUAUUUUUGGCAAGCAGAAACCCGCGAUCCCUGCGCUACGAUAACCUGUUAUUAUGGAUCGAAAUGUGCCGUCGAGGAGAACCAGCCCUCCUGCGUUUGUGAGGAUGACCGCAGCUGUGAGGCUUACGACGAGAAUGAAGACAUCAAUGACGUUCAGAGUCAUUAUCACAAACAUGAAUACAACUCCGUGUGUGGAGAUGAUGGUGUACAGUACAGAAACAUUUGUGAACUUCGAAAAAGGCAGUGCAUUGAACAACGAGAAAUCAACGUGAAAGUGUAUGGACUCUGCGGAGGACGUGAAUUGUGUGGUUCUGGUGGCAAUAUGGUCAGGAACGAGUGCGAGAUGCGAUGGAGUGCAUGCAGCAAGCAGGAAGACGUCUACCACGUUCACGAAAGUUACUGCGAACUGGAAGAAACUAAAAAAAUAAACUCCACACCUGUAAGCCAUGUGACCGAGAAGACAUUGAAAACUCCAGCGUUUGACGGAGAGACUUUCUGGGGCAUCUAA